AUGCCAGAUACAGAUAUCAAACCCACCGAAGACUUUGUCGAGAAUGUGUCUCCCACAGAGUCAAAUAACGGCCCUCAGGAGGCUCAUGUUCCCCUGUGGCAGUCGAUGAAGAAAUGGCCCAAGGUUAUAGCGUACAAUCUAGCGCUAAGCUCUGCCAUCUUGUUGUAUGGAUAUGAUCUUGUCAUUGUUGGAACUGUUUCAGCAAUGCCGGCAUUUCAACAUCGCUUUGGAGAGCGACUUGGGGCAAAGUACAUCAUACCAUCGAUGUGGCUAUCGCUAUGGAACGCAGCUAGUCCGAUCGGAAUGAUGAUUGGAGCCAUCUUCGGUGGGCAUUUUCAAGAUCGGGGAGGACGCCGCCUGGCACUCGCAAUAGGAAGUUUCCUAUCAGCUAUCGCAGUCGCCAUGUGUUAUGUCGCAGAUUUACCCGAUGAUAUGGACUCGCGAAGAGGGUUAUUCCUCGCUGGCAAGCUGUUUCAAGGCAUUUGCAUCGGCAUACUCCUUUGUGUCGUCCAGACAUACAUGUCCGAGGUUUUGCCGGUGCUGUUGCGAGGACCCAUCAUUGCCUUCUUGCCAAUUUUCACCUUACUUGGUCAACUGCUCGGGUCUAUCGUUGUCUAUACAUCUCUGAAACACAAGGAUGCAACUAGUUACCGAAUCUGUUUCGCCUCUCAGUGGCCCUUCUCCGCCGUUCCGUUUGUCCUGGCUGCAAUGCUUCCCGAGAGCCCGACAUGGCUAGUCAGAAGGGGAAACUUGACCAAAGCGCUGAAAGCACAGAGACGGCUGGACACUAGGAGUAUCGACUCAGCGGCGAUUGUUGACGAGAUACGGACGUCGAUCUUGGUUGAAGAGGAAGAGAGGAAGACACAAACUUAUAUGGACUGUUUUAGGGGCAUUCACAGACGGAGAACACUGAUAGUUGCAUUUGCCAGUGCACUUCCUCAGCUGUUUGGUUUACAGUUGUUGGCGAAUGCAUCAUACUUUAUGCAGAUCGUUGGGAUGGGAUCAUCCAAUAGUCUCAUAUUCUUAAUUCUUGGAAUUGGACUUGGUCUCAUUGCCAACAUCGUCAGCUUGUGGGUUCUCAAUGACUUUGGAAGACGGUUCCUAUGCCUAGUGACUCUUGGUACGGCAACGGUCCUGUGGAUCGCAAUGGGCAUUGCAGGAUGCUUCACAGGGGUAGUGACCAUCUGGUAUACUGCUGUAACCAUGAUGAUUGUUACCAUGGUCUGUGGCCUGGGCAUCUGGCCCGCAUCGCAUGUUGUCGCUGCUGAAACCUCAUCACUCCAACUCCGCGCCAAGUCGCAAGGUAUCGGCUGGUUUGUGAGCGGAAUUGCCUCUGGGGUCUUCUCAAUCAUUCUACCGUAUAUUUACAAUGCAGACAAAGGGAACCUGAGAGCAAAGACAGGUUUUGUAAUGGCGGGAUUUGCAGCGGUCGGAGUCGUGGCAACUUGGCUCGCCGUUCCUGAAAUGAAGGGACGGUCACCUAUGGAAAUUGAUCGCAUGUUUGCACUGAGACUCCCUACGCGCUCAUUCAAGACGUGGAGGAGUGAUGUGGUGCUGGAGAAGGAGAUGGUUGCUGGGGAUCAAGGCCCAAGAGCGUAA